CGGCGGCGGCGGCGGAGGGGCGGCCGCGCCCCGAGCCGUCCGGCGGCCGCGCCCGGGGCCAUGACCGAGUACAAGCUGGUGGUGGUGGGAGCCGGUGGCGUCGGUAAGAGCGCGCUGACCAUCCAGCUCAUCCAGAACCACUUCGUGGACGAGUACGACCCCACGAUCGAGGAUUCAUAUAGAAAGCAGGUUGUUAUUGAUGGAGAAACAUGUUUGCUAGACAUUCUGGACACUGCUGGGCAGGAAGAGUAUAGCGCCAUGCGUGACCAGUACAUGAGAACUGGGGAAGGAUUUCUCUGUGUUUUUGCCAUUAACAACAGUAAAUCAUUUGCUGAUAUUAACCUUUACAGAGAGCAAAUAAAGAGAGUGAAAGAUUCAGAUGAUGUGCCAAUGGUGCUAGUGGGAAAUAAAUGUGAUUUACCUACAAGAACAGUAGACACAAAACAGGCUCAAGAAUUAGCAAAAAGCUAUGGGAUCCCCUUCAUAGAGACAUCUGCUAAAACAAGACAGGGUGUGGAAGAUGCUUUUUACACGCUGGUGAGAGAGAUCCGGCAGUACCGGAUGAAAAAGCUCAACAGCAAUGAAGAUGGGAAUCAAGGCUGUAUGGGAUUGUCUUGUAUCAUGAUGUGAUAAGAUGCCAAGAACACCUGGUUCAGAUGUAGCUGAUGGACGAAUCUUGAUGCCACUGUAUUGCAUCUCAUGAUGAUGCCCUGCAGUAUUUUGGUACCAGUUCAUUACUACAAAGUCCUUUUCUGUGCUCCAUCUGAAGAGAACAUCUCUGGCAUAUACCUCCUUGCUCAGUUAAUAGAGCAGUCACAUCUCUUGAUGCACUGGGAUUCUUUUCUGAUUUAUCUGUUUUUUUUUUCAAGGAAAAAAGUGAAUUUUAGAGACUAAAUGCUGUGAAAAAGAUGACACUUUACCUCUAGAGAAAAAGCUAGAUGUGUUUUUUGUCCCUGUUGUAUUGGAUUCAGAUUUAUAGUGCUGUCUGAGAAGUGACCCUAAAAAUUCUCAGCAGGUAAUAUCAGAGAUGAUUUUACAAUUAUGAACGUCUCUGUCACGUAUUGGAUUAGUAUCUGCUGUCUGUACACCCACACAGCAUAUCUGCAACAUCUACGUUGUCCAAGAGUGCCACUUACCUACUCUACCUACUCUGUUUUCUGUAAUAAAAAUGAGGUAUCUUUGCUAUUUAAGUGCCUGUUUGCUAAGAAGAUUUGGAAUUGUACUCUAUUCUGUCAGGCUAAGGGAAACUUAAGGACUGGGAUUUUUUGGAAGCUCAUUGUCUUAAGCAGUCAAGCCUUGAGAAGAAUGUGGAUAAUCUCUUUGCACAACAGGAUGCCACCGCAGGAAUUUGUAGGCUGGAAAAUUCAGUUUGUAAGACUCUUGAACAAGGGAGAACAAUGUACUGCAUCCAUUUUUGACUCUCUUUGUAUGUGGAAUUGUAUAUAUUCUUUACUGCUUUUCUACAGCAUUCAGAUCUCUUCCAAGUUGGACCAUAUUAGCCACUUGCUCAUUUUAACAUUGACUGCCAGUGUUCUUGAGUGGCUUCUCAAUAGCUAGUCUAGUAACUGGAGGUUAGUUCAUUUGGACAGCUGUUGUUCAACUCUGUCCUUAAUUUGCAAAUUAUUUUUUUCUGAAUUAUUUUGUCAUAUCACCAGACUUUAAAUACAGUCUCUUCAAAUUUUUUCUCUGUAAAAUGUAGUUAGUAAGUCUCCUUGUCAGGGAAGGAGUCUGGAAUUUCAGGUUUAUUGUAACAGGUAUAGUAGUUGCCACAGAUUUAGUAUGUUGAGGCUGAGGGGAGCAGGGCAAUGAGCUGCAACAGAAAACUGAGCUGAUUCUGGUUGCAGCAUCCUUGCAAAAUGAGGAAGGAGUGAGUUCAGUGGUGUAUUCAUAGGUGUAUGAUAUGCUGAUGGGAAUCUGGAACCUGUUUUAACAGCCUCAGAGUACAAGAAAAUUAUUGCGUGAGUCUCUUGAGUUCUUCCUAGAACAAAACACUGUCACCUCUUAUAAUUGGGACAUACAUGUGUGAUCACUGUUGCAAAAUCUACUGAUAUUUCUUAGAAAAUGUGUACUUUUCUAGUCUGUGUGCUACUGAUACUGAAUUCUGUCCUGUGGGCUCAGACAGUGCAUCCUACAGCAAAGGCAAAUUCUUGUUUCUGUCUGAUGGAGCAGUGUUGAGUAUGGGGGAGUAAUAAGUCUUGAGGAAACAGGGGGUGUAUUUGGCCAGUCUGCCAACCCAGCAGGAGUGUGGAAAUUGCUGAAGGCUUAAUUUCAGUUUGUUUGUGUCAGAUUUGUACAUCUUAAUCUGGAGUUUCCAGUCUCCAAUAGAAAUUAGACAUCAGUAAAUAUUGAGAGAUUUAUUCCUUCUAAUACUACUUCCUUUACUAUAUACAAUCUUAAUCCUCUUCUUAGAGUGUGGGAUAUCAAGCUAUAUCACCCUUUUACCCUUGAUACUUCUAAUACAUACUUUUGCAAGUUAUUUUAGUCUUUAUUGAUAUGAUACAAUAUGGAUUAAAAUAUUUUUACAUAAAACAUGAUUUAUCAGCAGCAUACACAGCGAUGGGCAGCAUUAUAUAGAGCAUUGUGACCUGAGUUAAGUUCAUUUGCAUCCCUUGCCUGCCAGCUAAGCAUUUGGCAUAAUCAUUACUUUUGAAAUCUGGGCUGUUAUGCCUAAACUACAAUCUGUGUGUGUGUUUUCCUCAUAUGAGAAGAUAGUUAUGUGUGAAAGCAAUCUUUGAGCUCUGUGGCAAGGGCUGACUGACUGUUGCUAAGUGGAGUUGUGUGACAUACUGUUGUCCACUUAAUGAAAUUACAUAUGCAAAGAGUAUUAUGAGAGAACUUUUGGGAUAUAUCUCUGGCCACAUGUAGUCAGCAUUUUGGAGCACUCCAGUGUGGAGUUCCCAAUAUGCCAAGAUGGUGAGUUCUUGUUACCCCUGCGUUCGUGUAUGUUUGUUGUAUUAUUUUGGAAAACUAAGAGUUUCUUUCCUGGCAGACAGGAUUCCAGUGUUCAGAGUAUGACUGGCUGGUGUCCAUGGCCCUGGGAAAUCCUUUGCAGCUGGGGUCUAAAGAUUGCAUGGGCAAGUAUGAAAAUGUAAAUAUUCCUUUUGGCUGGAGGUACAUCAUAAGUACGUGUAAGUGCCUCCAAGAAUCAUCUCUGUACAUUGUGUGGCAUGUUCUAGGUGUUAUUAAAAAAGAACUAACUUUAUUACCCCAAA